AUGGAGAGCCUUCUCAUCAACAAUAGCUUCAGCUCCACCACUAAGCCCCUCCUGCCCCUCUUGACCUCUGACCCUACUAACUGCAGUGCUUGGGACCAGCGGUGGGGGGCACCCUACCUGCAUAGGUUAGCCCACCUAGAUGUACAGCUGUACCAAGACUUCUAUGCUGUGUGGGUCUCUCUCAUGGUGUGUAACUGUCUGAUGCUGGUGGUCGGUGUAGUCCUCAACAGUCUGGCUCUCUACGUCUUCUGUGGGGCCUCCACCCAUUCCUCAGCCUCUGUGGUUUACACCAUGAACCUUGCUGUGGCUGACCUGCUGGUGGCGCUGUCAUUGCCCGCUCGCAUUGCUCUAUACCACAGUGGAGGGAGCUGUGUGGCCUGCUCCUACGUUCACACCUUCAGCUACUUUGUCAACAUGUACUGCAGUAUACUGUUUCUGACCAGUAUCUGUAUAGAUCGGUACCUCGCUGUUGUCCAUGCGUCCGGUACUCUCCAUCGAUGCAGGACCACAGGAACAGCCAGGUGUGUCAGCGCCACAGUUUGGUUCAUUGCUGUUGUGGUCACCUACUCUUUCCAGACUACUGCGUUGGAGUUCAGCUCCUCCUGCGUGCUCAUCCCUGCCCUCUUCUACCUUACCAUCCUGGAGUUCCUCCUCCCCCUGCUGGCCGUGGUGGGCUUCACUCUGCGCGUCGCAUGUUUUCUCUCCGCCAGCCAAGGCCUGAUGCCCCAGCAGAGCAGGGCGAGGAGGGCGCGCGCUGUUAGGCUGCUAGCCACUGUCUUGGUGGUCUUCACCAUCUGCUUCACGCCAUUCCACGUCCGGCAGGUGCUGGUUUACUUCCGGGUCAAAGUCGGAGAGGAGGGGCCUAACCAAGGGACGGGGCAUGUACUUGCCUAUCACAUCACAGUUACCUUAAGCAGCCUGAACAGCUGCCUGGAUCCAGUGGUUUACUGCUUUGUCACGGACAGCUUCAAGAGAGUGUGGAGGACAAGGAGGAGGGGAGCGAGGGAGGACGGGGAGGCGGGACACACAAGUGGGGGCGACGGGGAGAGGCACUCGGUGAAUAAAUGUCCAGGUACGGCACUGGCGAUAGCUCAUAGUGUGGCCACACUCACCUUCACCAGCUCUCCCCUCUCUGCUGUCACCAUGGAACAGUCCAUUUAA